UUGGGUUUUGGACAAACUUUUGAAAAGGACUUGCACUUGCAACAGCCACUUAAAAUGUAGGACCGAAUCGAAAAAGUUAACAAAUUACCAGAUUUGAUAACUAACGAAAAAGAAAUAGAAAUUUUAGUAAAAAAUACCAAAUCGGCAACGCUGUUCGUAAAACAGCUGAUUACUGUCACUUACGACGGUCGAUUAUGAAACAAAAACAAACGAUCGCUGUUGAAAGAGAAAUAAAUAAGAAAAUUUGCUGUUAUGAAUAAAAUUGCCAGUACACGCGUAUAACAAUUGAGCGUAUAAUUUGUGAUAAAAUUUAAACAUUUACAAGGGAUGUCAACCAAAGUUGUAGCUACGGCGACGGUGCGUGCGCUGAAAGGACGCAAACUGAUGCCCACACGAGCAGCUCUAACCUUGACAACAGCCGCAGUGAAUCGCAUUAAAGAAUUGUUAAAAAAUAAGCCAGAAUUUACAGGUUUGAAAGUGGGGGUGCGGCAGCGCGGCUGUAAUGGACUCUCCUAUACGUUGGAUUAUGCCAAAGAGAAAGCAGAUAAAUUCGACGAAGAAGUUGUACAGGACGGUGUCAAGGUGUUUAUAGAUAAGAAGGCGCAAUUGUCUUUGCUUGGUACGGAAAUGGAUUUUGUCGAGUCAAAACUAUCGAGUGAAUUUGUUUUCAAUAAUCCCAACAUAAAAGGUACCUGCGGAUGUGGCGAAUCGUUUAGCUUCUAAAUA